AUGUCCGUCUUCCACGACGAAGUCGAAAUUGAGGAUUUUGAAUUCGACGAGGAGAAGGACGUCUAUCACUACCCGUGUCCUUGUGGUGAUCGAUUUGAAAUAGCGAGAGAAAUGCUAGAAAUGGGCGAAGACGUUGCACAAUGUCCCAGCUGUUCCCUCCUCAUUCGAGUCAUCUACGAUCCCGAAGAUUUCGUGAAACUCGAGACCAUCACCUCCAAGCCGAUUGCAGAGACGGUCUAA